UUGAUUGAAUGUUAUUUCAAUCUUGGAUUGGACUACUCAGAAAUCCUAAGUUUCCUUCUUCUCGUACACGGAAUACAACUCAGUAUUCGUCGGUUGAAAAGGGUACUUUUUUCAAAAGGGUUACGUAGGAGAAGAAAUCACAGUCAGCCCCAAGAGAUCAUCGCCGCGAUUGAAAGAGAGCUUGAAGGGUCCGGUAGCUUGAUUGGAUAUCGACAGAUGCACCAAAGACUUCGAACUGACUAUGGCUUGGUGGUCAGCAGAGAGACGGUUCGGCUUACUUUGAAAACACUUGACCCUACGGGAGUUGAGAAGCGAUGGCAACACAAGUUAAAAAGGAGGACAUACUCAGCCAAGGGACCUAACUUCAUAUGGCAUUUAGACGGUUAUGAUAAACUAAAACCUUUUGGUUUAAGUAUUCAUGGAGCCAUAGAUGGCUACAGCCGACGCAUACUAUGGCUCAAGGUAGGAGCAUCAAAUAACAAUCCACGAAUCGUGGCACGUUAUUUCUUAGACUGUGUGAAGCAACUGGGUGGCGUUCCUCGAACAGUACGGGGUGACAGAGGAACUGAAAAUGUCAACGUCGCAGCAAUGCAACGUUUCUUUAGGAGAGAUGGUACAGACUCGAUGGCUGGAGAGAAAAGUUUCCUUUACGGGCGCUCAGUCUCCAAUCAAAGGAUCGAGGCUUGGUGGUCUUUUCUACGCAAGAAUGAUACUGAUUGGUGGAUCAAUUUUUUCAAAGAUCUAAGGGAUGUUGGCUUAUACUGCGACGAUGAUCCAUUGCAUGUCGAGUGUCUACGGUUUUGUUUUUUGCCUUUAAUACGGGAAGAACUCAACCGUAUUGCACAACACUGGAACCUUCACAAAAUCAGACCAUCCCUAAAUCAAGAAUCUCCUCCUGGGCCAGAAUUGAGAGAGGCAAUAAGUUACCUCCAUACUAUUGAUGAGGACGCCACGGUGGUUGCUGAAGAAAUGUGCUGUGACAAUGCCAUAGCUCCUUCUGACGACACCUUUGCAGAGCUUGCAGAAAUGGUAAUGGAAGAGUAUAAUUUGCAAAUGCCAAGCACUGCCUCUGAAGCCUCCAUUCUUUACAGUGAACUUCUUCAUCAUAUCGACAGCAUGAUGUAA